AUGGCGAUACCAAAGAAUCUGGCAAAACAGAUUAAGGAAUUGGAGGAUUCUGUUCCUAAGGAUUUCGAUCCGGAAGAUGAUAAGCCGGCGCAAGAGAGCAAUUCGGAAAGUGGUGAUGAGAGUGAUGAUGGAUUAGCGGGGACAGAACAUUAUGUUCAAGUUGGAAAGAGUAAGCUUCGAAAACCAGAAGAAGUUGCUCUUGGACCUCACUACGCCGGAUCUCGAGUCAGUCGCGAACAAUUGAUGAACGGCGAUGAUGAGGAUGAACCUAAUUCGACAUAUGGAGGUGCUGAUGAAGAGAAAUUUGAGGGAAUGGAUUUUGAUGGAGAGUUUGACGAUAUGGAGGUCGAUAGUGAUGAGGCUUUGGGGGAGAGUGACGAACAGAGGCUCACGGACUUCGUUUUCCGAGGAAGUGGAAAGCCAAAGAAACCUGCUGAAGCGAAAAAACCCGUGGAUAUCAAUGGGGUGAAGAAAAGGCCUACUGCUGCUGAUUUCAUGUCGGAUAGUGGUGAUGAAGAGCGCGUGAAAUUAUCUGAUGAGGAAGACGAUCAGGAAGCUGAUGAUAACGAGGAUAUUGAGGAUGAGGACGCUGAUGAGACCGAUGAAGAUAUUUUGAAUGUCGACGCUCAACACGUCGAGGCCCAUGGAAGACAUCUGAGAAGAUUCUGA